UUCAAAUUUCAACUGCUCCAUCAUAAUUUCUCUUUGAUCAACAAACUUCUACUCUCUCCACAUUACCAAACCCACAAAUUAUUACAACAACAACAAAAAUUAAUCAUGAAGACAUCUAAUUUUAUUUUUAGUAUCUUCAUCAUCAUAUGUUCUUUAGCAUUUCUUGUAAAUUCACAAACUGAUUCUUGUUCUGUAAAUCUAAACCUCAAUACACAGUUGCCUUUUGAUCUCUCAACUCUCCAUUGUGCUGCUGUAUGGAACUCCCACAAUUUCGUUCUUCGAUAUGUUCAAACGUCUCCCAAUCUAUGGAGUUUUGUUCUCUCAGCGCCCGAUGCGAAUUCCUACAUUGCAAUAGGAUUUUCGAACAACGGACUAAUGGUUGGAUCGAGCGCAAUCGUGGGUUGGAUAUCAUCGAACGACGGUUCUACAAAUAUCAAACAAUAUUUUUUAAGAGCUCAACUUCCGAAUCAAGUAAUACCCGACUCAGGAAAUUUAAAUAUUACUUAUUCUAUGAUCAUAUCUCAAUCUUCACGUCUCUAUUUAGCCUUUCAAUUACUUAUCGAUCAACCGUCUUCGCGGUUAAUUUAUUCUGUCGGACCGGUCGGUAUAUUGCCGUCUGCCCCAAGUUACCAGUUAACGGAGCAUCGUGAUAAGGUCUCCACCGGUUUGAAUUAUGUUACAGGUGAGAGUAACAAUGAAAAUGUACAUAGUGAGCUAAGAAAAAGCCAUGGAAUGUUGAACAUGCUUGGUUGGGGAAUUCUGAUGAUAAUCGGAGGAAUAGUGGCUCGACAUUGCAAGCAAUGGGAUCCCAUUUGGUUCUAUGCUCAUGUUGGGAUUCAAUCGUUGGGAUUUAUAUUAGGAAUUUCUGGCGUAAUUUGUGGAUUUGUGUUGGAAGAUCGGCUUAGUGCUCAUGUUUCUACUCAUAAAGGCAUUGGAGUUUUCAUUCUUGCUCUUGGAUGCCUCCAGGUGAUGGCAUUUUUGGCCCGACCGGAUAAAUCAUCAAAAGUGCGAAAAUAUUGGAAUUGGUAUCACUAUACCGUAGGCCGAAUUUUGAUGGUUUUUGCAAUAUCAAAUGUGUUUUAUGGAAUCCAUUUAGGUGAAAAAGGAACUGGAUGGAAUGCUGGAUAUGGAAUUGUUCUAGCCAUUUUGUUUAUAAUUUCUGUGGUUUUAGAGGUAAGGAUUUGGAAGAGAAAUUCAAAUUAACAAACUAGAAUCUUUGUGUACUUUAUUGUUAUCAUGGAAAAUUUGGAGGGUGUUUUUGUUUUA